GCUUUCAGAUACGUAAACGCCCCAGGAUAACAGGAAACCAGAACCCAGGAACCAGGACUCAGGAAACGAAGCACGGCCAGACCAGACCAGACCAGACAAUUUGGGGUCCUUUUCGUCCCCGGCUCUGCCGCCUUUCUACUUCAAGCACCCUCCAGGAGCACAACAUCUUCCCCCCGCGUAACAUGAGCCUGACAAUCUCCAAUCGAUUCGUCGGGCAUCAGAAUUCUCUCGGGGGAGGUGAUUUCCAUCCGUUUCCCCCGCCACAUCAUGGGUCUCUCAUGUACAGCAAACAAUGGCCACCAACACGCCCGGCUGUCAUCCAGGCCCAACCACAGGAACGAGAGCCGCCUGGUGCUGCUGCUUCCUUGAUAUCAUCGCACAACGGCGGUAGCGGUAAUAGCGGUAGCAGCCGCCAAGGCACGGGACCUCCCCGCUUUGGUAAACUACCGGAUGCCACUGGUGGUCCGGCCUCUGCGGCCAUCACGCGAGGAGGUGCAGCAAGCGCCGGUGCCGGCGGCGGGGAUAUUCACAACAGCCAAGGCGGUGCCAACGACGGCACAUAUCCCGCGCCAGCGGCUCAACAGCAAUCUGCCCCGGCUCCGGCUGCCGGGAUCAUCAACCCGUUCGACCUAUCCGCCGCCGAGCCCUCGCAGCCGCGUCACGUCCUCGUUCGCGUAGACGGUGACACAGGAUUCUACCUCGGCAACGCGGUCGGCCGUCCGGCGCCGCAGGAGUUUUCUCUACCGACGGAGGUGGACGGAUCGCAGUCCGUGGCCAAUGGAGACCAGAUCCAGACCGGAUGGAGUAUCGACUAUUACGGCCUCUCACGCACCCGCCACGAGUACGGCAACGGCAUCGGGUGGCGGUGUCAGGAAUCGGAGGCCGUGGCGGACGCGCAGGGGAACUUUGGGUGGCCGAGGAAGUACGUGUGUUCCAUGUGUUGUCUGCGAUGGAACGCCAUGCCUCUGCCCGCCAAGGUGAUUCGGGGAGAUGUCAGUCAAAAGGACCGGAUCGAACUAAGGAUACCAAAUCCGGCAGAUGCCCGGAGAGACCCCGGAUUCUCUCGGCCGGGAUGUUCAGAGUUACACUACUACCUCGAUCAUGAAGGACCCGGAAACGAGCCGUGCGUCCGGGGCCUUUGUCAAAAGUGCCGGCCGGUGUCUUUCCUGCCGGACUCGCAGCCGACGACCCACUGUUGCCCGCCACCGGUGGCCGAGCCGGGCUACCUCAAGGAGAUUUACCGGUGCAUCAUGGACAACUGCCCGUUUCUUACGGACACCCGGCGAGAGAUGAAGGCCCAUCUCCAUUCACCAAGGAAGAAUGGACACAAAUCCUACCUGACAUCGCUAGCAGGCCGCAUCGAGCACGGCCAACCCCUUAGCGCAAUCGACAAGGAAAUCGCCUCCCGCCUGAUGCUCAUGUUCAACGACCGGGACGCCCGCGGGCAAAAGUCCAUCUCGCAGCCCAUCAACACCGUCCUCGGCCCGGAGGACGUCAGCAGCCCGGCCAUCCUGCGCGAGCACACGCAGUGGAUGUCAUAUCUAGGCCUUCACACGCCCGAGCUGCACCGACGAGAUUUCUGGGACCCGCGGACGGGCGGGUGGUAUUACCGCGAGUACAACAUGGACGACGACUUUGAGGACGCGUGCGAGAAUGUGAGGAUCAUUUCACAUGCUACGGGGAGGCCGGUGAAGCCGUCAGAUUUCCUGUGGCGUUGAGAUGAGAUUUUGUUUCAUGAGCUUCUGGGAGAAAU